AUGCCGUCGUGCUUUGACUACUGUCCGAAUGCCCCUCCCGGUGAAUUCCACUCCGCCAGUCCGCCCAGCACAGCGCGUACAGCAUGUCAGCGGCCCUCACGCUCGCCUCCAGCGCUCUCAUGUGCCCCUCGCACCUAUGCCCCUCGCACCUAUGCCCCUCGCACCUAUGCCCCUCGCACCUAUGCCCCUCGCACCUAUGCCCCUCGCACCUAUGCCCCUCGCACCUAUGCCCCUCGCACCUAUGCCCCUCGCACCUAUGCCCCUCGCACCUAUGCCCCUCGCACCUAUGCCCCUCGCACCUAUGCCCCUCGCACCUAUGCCCCUCGCACCUAUGCCCCUCGCACCUAUGCCCCUCGCACCUAUGCCCCUCGCACCUAUGCCCCUCGCACCUAUGCCCCUCGCACCUAUGCCCCUCGCACCUAUGCCCCUCGCACCUAUGCCCCUCGCACCUAUGCCCCUCGCACCUAUGCCCCUCGCACCUAUGCCCCUCGCACCUAUGCCCCUCGCACCUAUGCCCCUCGCACCUAUGCCCCUCGCACCUAUGCCCCUCGCACCUAUGCCCCUCGCACCUAUGCCCCUCGCACCUAUGCCCCUCGCACCUAUGCCCCUCGCACCUAUGCCCCUCGCACCUAUGCCCCUCGCACCUAUGCCCCUCGCACCUAUGCCCCUCGCACCUAUGCCCCUCGCACCUAUGCCCCUCGCACCUAUGCCCCUCGCACCUAUGCCCCUCGCACCUAUGCCCCUCGCACCUAUGCCCCUCGCACCUAUGCCCCUCGCACCUAUGCCCCUCGCACCUAUGCCCCUCGCACCUAUGCCCCUCGCACCUAUGCCCCUCGCACCUAUGCCCCUCGCACCUAUGCCCCUCGCACCUAUGCCCCUCGCACCUAUGCCCCUCGCACCUAUGCCCCUCGCACCUAUGCCCCUCGCACCUAUGCCCCUCGCACCUAUGCCCCUCGCACCUAUGCCCCUCGCACCUAUGCCCCUCGCACCUAUGCCCCUCGCACCUAUGCCCCUCGCACCUAUGCCCCUCGCACCUAUGCCCCUCGCACCUAUGCCCCUCGCACCUAUGCCCCUCGCACCUAUGCCCCUCGCACCUAUGCCCCUCGCACCUAUGCCCCUCGCACCUAUGCCCCUCGCACCUAUGCCCCUCGCACCUAUGCCCCUCGCACCUAUGCCCCUCGCACCUAUGCCCCUCGCACCUAUGCCCCUCGCACCUAUGCCCCUCGCACCUAUGCCCCUCGCACCUAUGCCCCUCGCACCUAUGCCCCUCGCACCUAUGCCCCUCGCACCUAUGCCCCUCGCACCUAUGCCCCUCGCACCUAUGCCCCUCGCACCUAUGCCCCUCGCACCUAUGCCCCUCGCACCUAUGCCCCUCGCACCUAUGCCCCUCGCACCUAUGCCCCUCGCACCUAUGCCCCUCGCACCUAUGCCCCUCGCACCUAUGCCCCUCGCACCUAUGCCCCUCGCACCUAUGCCCCUCGCACCUAUGCCCCUCGCACCUAUGCCCCUCGCACCUAUGCCCCUCGCACCUAUGCCCCUCGCACCUAUGCCCCUCGCACCUAUGCCCCUCGCACCUAUGCCCCUCGCACCUAUGCCCCUCGCACCUAUGCCCCUCGCACCUAUGCCCCUCGCACCUAUGCCCCUCGCACCUAUGCCCCUCGCACCUAUGCCCCUCGCACCUAUGCCCCUCGCACCUAUGCCCCUCGCACCUAUGCCCCUCGCACCUAUGCCCCUCGCACCUAUGCCCCUCGCACCUAUGCCCCUCGCACCUAUGCCCCUCGCACCUAUGCCCCUCGCACCUAUGCCCCUCGCACCUAUGCCCCUCGCACCUAUGCCCCUCGCACCUAUGCCCCUCGCACCUAUGCCCCUCGCACCUAUGCCCCUCGCACCUAUGCCCCUCGCACCUAUGCCCCUCGCACCUAUGCCCCUCGCACCUAUGCCCCUCGCACCUAUGCCCCUCGCACCUAUGCCCCUCGCACCUAUGCCCCUCGCACCUAUGCCCCUCGCACCUAUGCCCCUCGCACCUAUGCCCCUCGCACCUAUGCCCCUCGCACCUAUGCCCCUCGCACCUAUGCCCCUCGCACCUAUGCCCCUCGCACCUAUGCCCCUCGCACCUAUGCCCCUCGCACCUAUGCCCCUCGCACCUAUGCCCCUCGCACCUAUGCCCCUCGCACCUAUGCCCCUCGCACCUAUGCCCCUCGCACCUAUGCCCCUCGCACCUAUGCCCCUCGCACCUAUGCCCCUCGCACCUAUGCCCCUCGCACCUAUGCCCCUCGCACCUAUGCCCCUCGCACCUAUGCCCCUCGCACCUAUGCCCCUCGCACCUAUGCCCCUCGCACCUAUGCCCCUCGCACCUAUGCCCCUCGCACCUAUGCCCCUCGCACCUAUGCCCCUCGCACCUAUGCCCCUCGCACCUAUGCCCCUCGCACCUAUGCCCCUCGCACCUAUGCCCCUCGCACCUAUGCCCCUCGCACCUAUGCCCCUCGCACCUAUGCCCCUCGCACCUAUGCCCCUCGCACCUAUGCCCCUCGCACCUAUGCCCCUCGCACCUAUGCCCCUCGCACCUAUGCCCCUCGCACCUAUGCCCCUCGCACCUAUGCCCCUCGCACCUAUGCCCCUCGCACCUAUGCCCCUCGCACCUAUGCCCCUCGCACCUAUGCCCCUCGCACCUAUGCCCCUCGCACCUAUGCCCCUCGCACCUAUGCCCCUCGCACCUAUGCCCCUCGCACCUAUGCCCCUCGCACCUAUGCCCCUCGCACCUAUGCCCCUCGCACCUAUGCCCCUCGCACCUAUGCCCCUCGCACCUAUGCCCCUCGCACCUAUGCCCCUCGCACCUAUGCCCCUCGCACCUAUGCCCCUCGCACCUAUGCCCCUCGCACCUAUGCCCCUCGCACCUAUGCCCCUCGCACCUAUGCCCCUCGCACCUAUGCCCCUCGCACCUAUGCCCCUCGCACCUAUGCCCCUCGCACCUAUGCCCCUCGCACCUAUGCCCCUCGCACCUAUGCCCCUCGCACCUAUGCCCCUCGCACCUAUGCCCCUCGCACCUAUGCCCCUCGCACCUAUGCCCCUCGCACCUAUGCCCCUCGCACCUAUGCCCCUCGCACCUAUGCCCCUCGCACCUAUGCCCCUCGCACCUAUGCCCCUCGCACCUAUGCCCCUCGCACCUAUGCCCCUCGCACCUAUGCCCCUCGCACCUAUGCCCCUCGCACCUAUGCCCCUCGCACCUAUGCCCCUCGCACCUAUGCCCCUCGCACCUAUGCCCCUCGCACCUAUGCCCCUCGCACCUAUGCCCCUCGCACCUAUGCCCCUCGCACCUAUGCCCCUCGCACCUAUGCCCCUCGCACCUAUGCCCCUCGCACCUAUGCCCCUCGCACCUAUGCCCCUCGCACCUAUGCCCCUCGCACCUAUGCCCCUCGCACCUAUGCCCCUCGCACCUAUGCCCCUCGCACCUAUGCCCCUCGCACCUAUGCCCCUCGCACCUAUGCCCCUCGCACCUAUGCCCCUCGCACCUAUGCCCCUCGCACCUAUGCCCCUCGCACCUAUGCCCCUCGCACCUAUGCCCCUCGCACCUAUGCCCCUCGCACCUAUGCCCCUCGCACCUAUGCCCCUCGCACCUAUGCCCCUCGCACCUAUGCCCCUCGCACCUAUGCCCCUCGCACCUAUGCCCCUCGCACCUAUGCCCCUCGCACCUAUGCCCCUCGCACCUAUGCCCCUCGCACCUAUGCCCCUCGCACCUAUGCCCCUCGCACCUAUGCCCCUCGCACCUAUGCCCCUCGCACCUAUGCCCCUCGCACCUAUGCCCCUCGCACCUAUGCCCCUCGCACCUAUGCCCCUCGCACCUAUGCCCCUCGCACCUAUGCCCCUCGCACCUAUGCCCCUCGCACCUAUGCCCCUCGCACCUAUGCCCCUCGCACCUAUGCCCCUCGCACCUAUGCCCCUCGCACCUAUGCCCCUCGCACCUAUGCCCCUCGCACCUAUGCCCCUCGCACCUAUGCCCCUCGCACCUAUGCCCCUCGCACCUAUGCCCCUCGCACCUAUGCCCCUCGCACCUAUGCCCCUCGCACCUAUGCCCCUCGCACCUAUGCCCCUCGCACCUAUGCCCCUCGCACCUAUGCCCCUCGCACCUAUGCCCCUCGCACCUAUGCCCCUCGCACCUAUGCCCCUCGCACCUAUGCCCCUCGCACCUAUGCCCCUCGCACCUAUGCCCCUCGCACCUAUGCCCCUCGCACCUAUGCCCCUCGCACCUAUGCCCCUCGCACCUAUGCCCCUCGCACCUAUGCCCCUCGCACCUAUGCCCCUCGCACCUAUGCCCCUCGCACCUAUGCCCCUCGCACCUAUGCCCCUCGCACCUAUGCCCCUCGCACCUAUGCCCCUCGCACCUAUGCCCCUCGCACCUAUGCCCCUCGCACCUAUGCCCCUCGCACCUAUGCCCCUCGCACCUAUGCCCCUCGCACCUAUGCCCCUCGCACCUAUGCCCCUCGCACCUAUGCCCCUCGCACCUAUGCCCCUCGCACCUAUGCCCCUCGCACCUAUGCCCCUCGCACCUAUGCCCCUCGCACCUAUGCCCCUCGCACCUAUGCCCCUCGCACCUAUGCCCCUCGCACCUAUGCCCCUCGCACCUAUGCCCCUCGCACCUAUGCCCCUCGCACCUAUGCCCCUCGCACCUAUGCCCCUCGCACCUAUGCCCCUCGCACCUAUGCCCCUCGCACCUAUGCCCCUCGCACCUAUGCCCCUCGCACCUAUGCCCCUCGCACCUAUGCCCCUCGCACCUAUGCCCCUCGCACCUAUGCCCCUCGCACCUAUGCCCCUCGCACCUAUGCCCCUCGCACCUAUGCCCCUCGCACCUAUGCCCCUCGCACCUAUGCCCCUCGCACCUAUGCCCCUCGCACCUAUGCCCCUCGCACCUAUGCCCCUCGCACCUAUGCCCCUCGCACCUAUGCCCCUCGCACCUAUGCCCCUCGCACCUAUGCCCCUCGCACCUAUGCCCCUCGCACCUAUGCCCCUCGCACCUAUGCCCCUCGCACCUAUGCCCCUCGCACCUAUGCCCCUCGCACCUAUGCCCCUCGCACCUAUGCCCCUCGCACCUAUGCCCCUCGCACCUAUGCCCCUCGCACCUAUGCCCCUCGCACCUAUGCCCCUCGCACCUAUGCCCCUCGCACCUAUGCCCCUCGCACCUAUGCCCCUCGCACCUAUGCCCCUCGCACCUAUGCCCCUCGCACCUAUGCCCCUCGCACCUAUGCCCCUCGCACCUAUGCCCCUCGCACCUAUGCCCCUCGCACCUAUGCCCCUCGCACCUAUGCCCCUCGCACCUAUGCCCCUCGCACCUAUGCCCCUCGCACCUAUGCCCCUCGCACCUAUGCCCCUCGCACCUAUGCCCCUCGCACCUAUGCCCCUCGCACCUAUGCCCCUCGCACCUAUGCCCCUCGCACCUAUGCCCCUCGCACCUAUGCCCCUCGCACCUAUGCCCCUCGCACCUAUGCCCCUCGCACCUAUGCCCCUCGCACCUAUGCCCCUCGCACCUAUGCCCCUCGCACCUAUGCCCCUCGCACCUAUGCCCCUCGCACCUAUGCCCCUCGCACCUAUGCCCCUCGCACCUAUGCCCCUCGCACCUAUGCCCCUCGCACCUAUGCCCCUCGCACCUAUGCCCCUCGCACCUAUGCCCCUCGCACCUAUGCCCCUCGCACCUAUGCCCCUCGCACCUAUGCCCCUCGCACCUAUGCCCCUCGCACCUAUGCCCCUCGCACCUAUGCCCCUCGCACCUAUGCCCCUCGCACCUAUGCCCCUCGCACCUAUGCCCCUCGCACCUAUGCCCCUCGCACCUAUGCCCCUCGCACCUAUGCCCCUCGCACCUAUGCCCCUCGCACCUAUGCCCCUCGCACCUAUGCCCCUCGCACCUAUGCCCCUCGCACCUAUGCCCCUCGCACCUAUGCCCCUCGCACCUAUGCCCCUCGCACCUAUGCCCCUCGCACCUAUGCCCCUCGCACCUAUGCCCCUCGCACCUAUGCCCCUCGCACCUAUGCCCCUCGCACCUAUGCCCCUCGCACCUAUGCCCCUCGCACCUAUGCCCCUCGCACCUAUGCCCCUCGCACCUAUGCCCCUCGCACCUAUGCCCCUCGCACCUAUGCCCCUCGCACCUAUGCCCCUCGCACCUAUGCCCCUCGCACCUAUGCCCCUCGCACCUAUGCCCCUCGCACCUAUGCCCCUCGCACCUAUGCCCCUCGCACCUAUGCCCCUCGCACCUAUGCCCCUCGCACCUAUGCCCCUCGCACCUAUGCCCCUCGCACCUAUGCCCCUCGCACCUAUGCCCCUCGCACCUAUGCCCCUCGCACCUAUGCCCCUCGCACCUAUGCCCCUCGCACCUAUGCCCCUCGCACCUAUGCCCCUCGCACCUAUGCCCCUCGCACCUAUGCCCCUCGCACCUAUGCCCCUCGCACCUAUGCCCCUCGCACCUAUGCCCCUCGCACCUAUGCCCCUCGCACCUAUGCCCCUCGCACCUAUGCCCCUCGCACCUAUGCCCCUCGCACCUAUGCCCCUCGCACCUAUGCCCCUCGCACCUAUGCCCCUCGCACCUAUGCCCCUCGCACCUAUGCCCCUCGCACCUAUGCCCCUCGCACCUAUGCCCCUCGCACCUAUGCCCCUCGCACCUAUGCCCCUCGCACCUAUGCCCCUCGCACCUAUGCCCCUCGCACCUAUGCCCCUCGCACCUAUGCCCCUCGCACCUAUGCCCCUCGCACCUAUGCCCCUCGCACCUAUGCCCCUCGCACCUAUGCCCCUCGCACCUAUGCCCCUCGCACCUAUGCCCCUCGCACCUAUGCCCCUCGCACCUAUGCCCCUCGCACCUAUGCCCCUCGCACCUAUGCCCCUCGCACCUAUGCCCCUCGCACCUAUGCCCCUCGCACCUAUGCCCCUCGCACCUAUGCCCCUCGCACCUAUGCCCCUCGCACCUAUGCCCCUCGCACCUAUGCCCCUCGCACCUAUGCCCCUCGCACCUAUGCCCCUCGCACCUAUGCCCCUCGCACCUAUGCCCCUCGCACCUAUGCCCCUCGCACCUAUGCCCCUCGCACCUAUGCCCCUCGCACCUAUGCCCCUCGCACCUAUGCCCCUCGCACCUAUGCCCCUCGCACCUAUGCCCCUCGCACCUAUGCCCCUCGCACCUAUGCCCCUCGCACCUAUGCCCCUCGCACCUAUGCCCCUCGCACCUAUGCCCCUCGCACCUAUGCCCCUCGCACCUAUGCCCCUCGCACCUAUGCCCCUCGCACCUAUGCCCCUCGCACCUAUGCCCCUCGCACCUAUGCCCCUCGCACCUAUGCCCCUCGCACCUAUGCCCCUCGCACCUAUGCCCCUCGCACCUAUGCCCCUCGCACCUAUGCCCCUCGCACCUAUGCCCCUCGCACCUAUGCCCCUCGCACCUAUGCCCCUCGCACCUAUGCCCCUCGCACCUAUGCCCCUCGCACCUAUGCCCCUCGCACCUAUGCCCCUCGCACCUAUGCCCCUCGCACCUAUGCCCCUCGCACCUAUGCCCCUCGCACCUAUGCCCCUCGCACCUAUGCCCCUCGCACCUAUGCCCCUCGCACCUAUGCCCCUCGCACCUAUGCCCCUCGCACCUAUGCCCCUCGCACCUAUGCCCCUCGCACCUAUGCCCCUCGCACCUAUGCCCCUCGCACCUAUGCCCCUCGCACCUAUGCCCCUCGCACCUAUGCCCCUCGCACCUAUGCCCCUCGCACCUAUGCCCCUCGCACCUAUGCCCCUCGCACCUAUGCCCCUCGCACCUAUGCCCCUCGCACCUAUGCCCCUCGCACCUAUGCCCCUCGCACCUAUGCCCCUCGCACCUAUGCCCCUCGCACCUAUGCCCCUCGCACCUAUGCCCCUCGCACCUAUGCCCCUCGCACCUAUGCCCCUCGCACCUAUGCCCCUCGCACCUAUGCCCCUCGCACCUAUGCCCCUCGCACCUAUGCCCCUCGCACCUAUGCCCCUCGCACCUAUGCCCCUCGCACCUAUGCCCCUCGCACCUAUGCCCCUCGCACCUAUGCCCCUCGCACCUAUGCCCCUCGCACCUAUGCCCCUCGCACCUAUGCCCCUCGCACCUAUGCCCCUCGCACCUAUGCCCCUCGCACCUAUGCCCCUCGCACCUAUGCCCCUCGCACCUAUGCCCCUCGCACCUAUGCCCCUCGCACCUAUGCCCCUCGCACCUAUGCCCCUCGCACCUAUGCCCCUCGCACCUAUGCCCCUCGCACCUAUGCCCCUCGCACCUAUGCCCCUCGCACCUAUGCCCCUCGCACCUAUGCCCCUCGCACCUAUGCCCCUCGCACCUAUGCCCCUCGCACCUAUGCCCCUCGCACCUAUGCCCCUCGCACCUAUGCCCCUCGCACCUAUGCCCCUCGCACCUAUGCCCCUCGCACCUAUGCCCCUCGCACCUAUGCCCCUCGCACCUAUGCCCCUCGCACCUAUGCCCCUCGCACCUAUGCCCCUCGCACCUAUGCCCCUCGCACCUAUGCCCCUCGCACCUAUGCCCCUCGCACCUAUGCCCCUCGCACCUAUGCCCCUCGCACCUAUGCCCCUCGCACCUAUGCCCCUCGCACCUAUGCCCCUCGCACCUAUGCCCCUCGCACCUAUGCCCCUCGCACCUAUGCCCCUCGCACCUAUGCCCCUCGCACCUAUGCCCCUCGCACCUAUGCCCCUCGCACCUAUGCCCCUCGCACCUAUGCCCCUCGCACCUAUGCCCCUCGCACCUAUGCCCCUCGCACCUAUGCCCCUCGCACCUAUGCCCCUCGCACCUAUGCCCCUCGCACCUAUGCCCCUCGCACCUAUGCCCCUCGCACCUAUGCCCCUCGCACCUAUGCCCCUCGCACCUAUGCCCCUCGCACCUAUGCCCCUCGCACCUAUGCCCCUCGCACCUAUGCCCCUCGCACCUAUGCCCCUCGCACCUAUGCCCCUCGCACCUAUGCCCCUCGCACCUAUGCCCCUCGCACCUAUGCCCCUCGCACCUAUGCCCCUCGCACCUAUGCCCCUCGCACCUAUGCCCCUCGCACCUAUGCCCCUCGCACCUAUGCCCCUCGCACCUAUGCCCCUCGCACCUAUGCCCCUCGCACCUAUGCCCCUCGCACCUAUGCCCCUCGCACCUAUGCCCCUCGCACCUAUGCCCCUCGCACCUAUGCCCCUCGCACCUAUGCCCCUCGCACCUAUGCCCCUCGCACCUAUGCCCCUCGCACCUAUGCCCCUCGCACCUAUGCCCCUCGCACCUAUGCCCCUCGCACCUAUGCCCCUCGCACCUAUGCCCCUCGCACCUAUGCCCCUCGCACCUAUGCCCCUCGCACCUAUGCCCCUCGCACCUAUGCCCCUCGCACCUAUGCCCCUCGCACCUAUGCCCCUCGCACCUAUGCCCCUCGCACCUAUGCCCCUCGCACCUAUGCCCCUCGCACCUAUGCCCCUCGCACCUAUGCCCCUCGCACCUAUGCCCCUCGCACCUAUGCCCCUCGCACCUAUGCCCCUCGCACCUAUGCCCCUCGCACCUAUGCCCCUCGCACCUAUGCCCCUCGCACCUAUGCCCCUCGCACCUAUGCCCCUCGCACCUAUGCCCCUCGCACCUAUGCCCCUCGCACCUAUGCCCCUCGCACCUAUGCCCCUCGCACCUAUGCCCCUCGCACCUAUGCCCCUCGCACCUAUGCCCCUCGCACCUAUGCCCCUCGCACCUAUGCCCCUCGCACCUAUGCCCCUCGCACCUAUGCCCCUCGCACCUAUGCCCCUCGCACCUAUGCCCCUCGCACCUAUGCCCCUCGCACCUAUGCCCCUCGCACCUAUGCCCCUCGCACCUAUGCCCCUCGCACCUAUGCCCCUCGCACCUAUGCCCCUCGCACCUAUGCCCCUCGCACCUAUGCCCCUCGCACCUAUGCCCCUCGCACCUAUGCCCCUCGCACCUAUGCCCCUCGCACCUAUGCCCCUCGCACCUAUGCCCCUCGCACCUAUGCCCCUCGCACCUAUGCCCCUCGCACCUAUGCCCCUCGCACCUAUGCCCCUCGCACCUAUGCCCCUCGCACCUAUGCCCCUCGCACCUAUGCCCCUCGCACCUAUGCCCCUCGCACCUAUGCCCCUCGCACCUAUGCCCCUCGCACCUAUGCCCCUCGCACCUAUGCCCCUCGCACCUAUGCCCCUCGCACCUAUGCCCCUCGCACCUAUGCCCCUCGCACCUAUGCCCCUCGCACCUAUGCCCCUCGCACCUAUGCCCCUCGCACCUAUGCCCCUCGCACCUAUGCCCCUCGCACCUAUGCCCCUCGCACCUAUGCCCCUCGCACCUAUGCCCCUCGCACCUAUGCCCCUCGCACCUAUGCCCCUCGCACCUAUGCCCCUCGCACCUAUGCCCCUCGCACCUAUGCCCCUCGCACCUAUGCCCCUCGCACCUAUGCCCCUCGCACCUAUGCCCCUCGCACCUAUGCCCCUCGCACCUAUGCCCCUCGCACCUAUGCCCCUCGCACCUAUGCCCCUCGCACCUAUGCCCCUCGCACCUAUGCCCCUCGCACCUAUGCCCCUCGCACCUAUGCCCCUCGCACCUAUGCCCCUCGCACCUAUGCCCCUCGCACCUAUGCCCCUCGCACCUAUGCCCCUCGCACCUAUGCCCCUCGCACCUAUGCCCCUCGCACCUAUGCCCCUCGCACCUAUGCCCCUCGCACCUAUGCCCCUCGCACCUAUGCCCCUCGCACCUAUGCCCCUCGCACCUAUGCCCCUCGCACCUAUGCCCCUCGCACCUAUGCCCCUCGCACCUAUGCCCCUCGCACCUAUGCCCCUCGCACCUAUGCCCCUCGCACCUAUGCCCCUCGCACCUAUGCCCCUCGCACCUAUGCCCCUCGCACCUAUGCCCCUCGCACCUAUGCCCCUCGCACCUAUGCCCCUCGCACCUAUGCCCCUCGCACCUAUGCCCCUCGCACCUAUGCCCCUCGCACCUAUGCCCCUCGCACCUAUGCCCCUCGCACCUAUGCCCCUCGCACCUAUGCCCCUCGCACCUAUGCCCCUCGCACCUAUGCCCCUCGCACCUAUGCCCCUCGCACCUAUGCCCCUCGCACCUAUGCCCCUCGCACCUAUGCCCCUCGCACCUAUGCCCCUCGCACCUAUGCCCCUCGCACCUAUGCCCCUCGCACCUAUGCCCCUCGCACCUAUGCCCCUCGCACCUAUGCCCCUCGCACCUAUGCCCCUCGCACCUAUGCCCCUCGCACCUAUGCCCCUCGCACCUAUGCCCCUCGCACCUAUGCCCCUCGCACCUAUGCCCCUCGCACCUAUGCCCCUCGCACCUAUGCCCCUCGCACCUAUGCCCCUCGCACCUAUGCCCCUCGCACCUAUGCCCCUCGCACCUAUGCCCCUCGCACCUAUGCCCCUCGCACCUAUGCCCCUCGCACCUAUGCCCCUCGCACCUAUGCCCCUCGCACCUAUGCCCCUCGCACCUAUGCCCCUCGCACCUAUGCCCCUCGCACCUAUGCCCCUCGCACCUAUGCCCCUCGCACCUAUGCCCCUCGCACCUAUGCCCCUCGCACCUAUGCCCCUCGCACCUAUGCCCCUCGCACCUAUGCCCCUCGCACCUAUGCCCCUCGCACCUAUGCCCCUCGCACCUAUGCCCCUCGCACCUAUGCCCCUCGCACCUAUGCCCCUCGCACCUAUGCCCCUCGCACCUAUGCCCCUCGCACCUAUGCCCCUCGCACCUAUGCCCCUCGCACCUAUGCCCCUCGCACCUAUGCCCCUCGCACCUAUGCCCCUCGCACCUAUGCCCCUCGCACCUAUGCCCCUCGCACCUAUGCCCCUCGCACCUAUGCCCCUCGCACCUAUGCCCCUCGCACCUAUGCCCCUCGCACCUAUGCCCCUCGCACCUAUGCCCCUCGCACCUAUGCCCCUCGCACCUAUGCCCCUCGCACCUAUGCCCCUCGCACCUAUGCCCCUCGCACCUAUGCCCCUCGCACCUAUGCCCCUCGCACCUAUGCCCCUCGCACCUAUGCCCCUCGCACCUAUGCCCCUCGCACCUAUGCCCCUCGCACCUAUGCCCCUCGCACCUAUGCCCCUCGCACCUAUGCCCCUCGCACCUAUGCCCCUCGCACCUAUGCCCCUCGCACCUAUGCCCCUCGCACCUAUGCCCCUCGCACCUAUGCCCCUCGCACCUAUGCCCCUCGCACCUAUGCCCCUCGCACCUAUGCCCCUCGCACCUAUGCCCCUCGCACCUAUGCCCCUCGCACCUAUGCCCCUCGCACCUAUGCCCCUCGCACCUAUGCCCCUCGCACCUAUGCCCCUCGCACCUGUGCCCCUCGCACCUGUGCCCCUCGCACCUGUGCCCCUCGCACCUGUGCCCCUCGCACCUGUGCCCCUCGCACCUGUGCCCCUCGCACCUGUGCCCCUCGCACCUGUGCCCCUCGCACCUGUGCCCCUCGCACCUGUGCCCCUCGCACCUGUGCCCCUCGCACCUGUGCCCCUCGCACCUGUGCCCCUCGCACCUGUGCCCCUCGCACCUGUGCCCCUCGCACCUGUGCCCCUCGCACCUGUGCCCCUCGCACCUGUGCCCCUCGCACCUGUGCCCCUCGCACCUAUGCCCCUCGCACCUAUGCCCCUCGCACCUAUGCCCCUCGCACCUAUGCCCCUCGCACCUAUGCCCCUCGCACCUAUGCCCCUCGCACCUAUGCCCCUCGCACCUAUGCCCCUCGCACCUAUGCCCCUCGCACCUAUGCCCCUCGCACCUAUGCCCCUCGCACCUAUGCCCCUCGCACCUAUGCCCCUCGCACCUAUGCCCCUCGCACCUAUGCCCCUCGCACCUAUGCCCCUCGCACCUAUGCCCCUCGCACCUAUGCCCCUCGCACCUAUGCCCCUCGCACCUAUGCCCCUCGCACCUAUGCCCCUCGCACCUAUGCCCCUCGCACCUAUGCCCCUCGCACCUAUGCCCCUCGCACCUAUGCCCCUCGCACCUAUGCCCCUCGCACCUAUGCCCCUCGCACCUAUGCCCCUCGCACCUAUGCCCCUCGCACCUAUGCCCCUCGCACCUAUGCCCCUCGCACCUAUGCCCCUCGCACCUAUGCCCCUCGCACCUAUGCCCCUCGCACCUGUGCCCCUCGCACCUAUGCCCCUCGCACCUGUGCCCCUCGCACCUAUGCCCCUCGCACCUAUGCCCCUCGCACCUAUGCCCCUCGCACCUAUGCCCCUCGCACCUAUGCCCCUCGCACCUAUGCCCCUCGCACCUAUGCCCCUCGCACCUAUGCCCCUCGCACCUAUGCCCCUCGCACCUAUGCCCCUCGCACCUAUGCCCCUCGCAACUCACUUGAGCGGGAAGGGCAGCUCCUUGAGCCCACCACUCCUGGCGCUGGCAGUCGAGCCAUGAGAAGCGCCCACCCAGUCGGCCCAGCACAGCGCGUACAGCAUGUCAGCGGCCCUCAUCUGGGCCCGGAGCUGCUUUUCUCUCUGCCGAGCCGAGGCGGCACGCAUGGCAGUGAAGUAGUUGUCGAAGCUGGCGUUGACUUCGUUAGCCAAGAGCCGGCGCUGGUGGUUGUGGCCCCGCUGCUGCUGGUGAGAAGAGAUCUUCUGGCGAGAGGAGGCAGCGCGCAUGGCAGUGAAAUACUCGUCGAGGGCGGCGCGCAUGGCGGUGAAGUACUCGUCGAGGGUGCCGAAGCUGGCGUUGACUUUGAGCGACUUUCUGGGGUUGAUGAAGGCGAGGAGCCGCCGCUGGUGGUCCCGCUGCUGCUGGGAAGAGACCUUCUGGCGCUGCUUUUCUCUCUGGCGGGCGGAGGCGGCGCGCAUGGCGGUGAAAUACUCGUCGAGAGUGCCGAAGCUGGCAUUGACUCGGAGCGACUUUCUGGAGCUGAUGAAGGCGAGGAGCCGCCGCUGGUGGUCCCGCUGCUGCUGGGAAGAGACCUUCUGGCGCUGCUUUUCUCUCUGGCGGGCGGAGGCGGCGCGCAUGGCGGUGAAAUACUCGUCGAGAGUGCCGAAGCUGGCAUUGACUCGGAGCGACUUUCUGGAGCUGAUGAAGGCGAGGAGCCGCCGCUGGUGGUCCCGCUGCUGCUGGGAAGAGACCUUCUGGCGCUGCUUUUCUCUCUGGCGGGCGGAGGCGGCGCGCAUGGCGGUGAAAUACUCGUCGAGAGUGCCGAAGCUGGCAUUGACUCGGAGCGACUUUCUGGAGCUGAUGAAGGCGAAGAGCAGCUCGUAGUUUCGGAACUGAGCCUCAGCUUCGAGCAUGGAGGAGUAGCGAAAGUCGUCCCCCAGAGGGACCAGCAGGACGUUGGUGCGGAAGAGCAGGGACUUUUUGCGCCACUGGUGACGGGGAGAGGGGACGAACAGGACAGGGGAACAGUGGGAAGGGAGAGGAGCAGACUGUUGAGUUGA